UAUUGCAACAUGGUUUCGCCUUUAAAAGCGACCGCUAAAGCAGGAAGGCCACGCAGAACGGCACAGAAGAAGGCUCCCUCAGUACUCAAUCAUUUAAAGAGAGAUCCCAGACGGCCCUUCCUACACCACCACGGCUGCUAAAACCCAACUUUCCUCUCCUGCUAGGAGUGUGUGUGUGUGUGUGUGUGUGUGCGUGUGUGUUUUGAAACAGAAUUUGGCGGUGUUCAGAUGUCACAUAUGGACUGAAUCAAAGGUUUAAAAAUACAACAAAGCCUUUGCAUUACAGUUUUGGGGAAUUUUUUUUCCCUGUCUUGAAGCAGAACACAUCUCCCUUGAGUUUCUCCAACUAGCCAGUGAAAUAUAAAUCAUUUGCAUUCCCUCCACUUAGCCACAUUAAGCAAUGUUAACUGAAGGGCUUGGGAAAGACAAGAGUUUAGUUUUGGUUUUCAGAUGCUGUAGAUGCUUUGGAGAAUGGCUGGUUAUGCCUCAGAAUCAUAAGGUUCAGGCUGGUGGAGCAAGUUGGCUUGUGGCUGAGAUAGGGGCUUGGGGUUGGGCGCUGCUGGCAACCAAGACGGUUGGUCUCUUCUCUCUUCAUCCAUGUGUUGUCUGGGAAAGUAAAUCAUAUGUUCUUUUAGAAAUUACUAUUAGCUAAAACAAAUUGCAGGCCCUCGAAGGUCUCUCACUCUUGUGAAGUGGUUAGAAACUUUUGAGUGGAAUUUGUUCUCAACCACUGCCAAAAAGGGUGUGUGGACAGGCUGCUGUGGAGAUAAGCAUUUCGAGGCCCAGAACAGUCUGGGGACCGCAUUUGUGGGGAGCGGCAAGGGGUAUGCUCUGGAAAGGGGAAUCCAUGGGGAAUGCAGUGGGGUUUGUGCUUCCUUCUGGGACCACUCUCUAGAGUGAGCCUCUCUACCCCACUGAGAACAGUGUCUGGAAUCUAACAGCAAAACUCUUAGCAGCUGCUACAGGUGAUUGGAGAUGGAGAAGCCAUCUAUGGAGGAAAUGGGCGAAAGAAAGGCGAAAAAGCCUUCCUGAAGUGCCCUCACCCAAGGCACUUGCAAGGUGAUGGCGGCAGUGGUAGGGCUAACUCUGCAGCCUCCUGGGCAUCCCCAGAACAUCAGCUAGUGGGUCCUAGCCUUGCAUCUGGUACUGUCACCCUUCCUUCUCCUCACGCCCCCCACCCAGCACACACACCACUUUAAGCUUGGGCAUUUAUUUGAGGGGGGAAGAAAAUUCAGAAAUGCCUUUGCCACCCAGAUCCGCACGUUUGCAGCUCUUUCUUUGCCAUAAGUGGUCUUCAGGGCAGCUGCAAAUCCUACCAAAGGGAUGGGUGGGGGUCCCACUUGGGGAGGUUUUCUGGGCCUCCCCCGUUCCCUCUUGCCUUAUGUCUAAAUUCCCAGCUUGAAGCGGAAUUAAAUUACCUCUCACAGACCUAGAUGCUGCGUAAAUUAUGUAUGUUUGUGUGAUUCGCUGUGUGCGUGUGUGCACGCGCGCGCGCGCCGUGAGAAUGCCCACAGUAUAUUAUGUAUUCAGACACGGACUCCGGUAGGCCCCAGCGCGCGAGCGCGCACACACUGGCACUCACACUGGCGCGCACACACAUGCAACUUCAGGUUCCGUGUGCUGUGCGGAGCGGGAGGGGUCGUGAAGACUCAGGGGCCAUCUCCUACCCCAGAUGUUCGCACAUCUGUCCCCGAGCGCUGCUUGGAGUGUAUGUACGUGUGUGCGCGACACCCGCUUGGACCCACUCCCGCUCUGCCACCUGCCUCCCGCGCUCUCUGCAGAACCCCCUCCCAUCCCAACAGUGCUGCGUCACUUCCAGAGAAGCCCAGAGGCGCGGAGUUCGGGGCAACCUCGGACCCAGGGUGGGAUCUCAGGGUGGGAUUCGAAGCUGGGACCUUCCAAGGACCUCCAGCUCCCCAAAAUGCAAUCUCAAGCCGUGAGCUGCUCAGACUUUCAGGCGGAGCAACGCACUGGCACCCGGGCAGCCGGCAGCGGGUGGCCAGGGCGAGGCCAAGCUACACCUCUGACUCACCCGGUGUGCGCCGGCCGGGAGGGGAGCCUGGUUCAGCCGCCGCCGCCGGCGACAAGAACCAAUUCUGGGAAGGAGCAAGAUGGGGCAGAAGACCCACCGUGUGGAGGUCGUUUGAAUUCCAAAGAUGCUGGCUAUAUCACCUCUCCCGGUUACCCCCAGGACUACCCCUCCCACCAGAACUGCGAGUGGAUUGUUUACGCCCCCGAACCCAACCAGAAGAUUGUCCUCAACUUCAACCCUCACUUUGAAAUCGAGAAGCACGACUGCAAGUAUGACUUUAUCGAGAUUCGGGAUGGGGACAGUGAAUCCGCAGACCUCCUGGGCAAACACUGUGGGAACAUCGCCCCGCCCACCAUCAUCUCCUCGGGCUCCGUGCUCUACAUCAAGUUCACCUCCGACUACGCCCGGCAGGGGGCAGGCUUCUCUCUGCGCUACGAGAUCUUCAAGACAGGCUCUGAAGAUUGCUCAAAAAACUUCACAAGCCCCAACGGGACCAUCGAAUCUCCUGGGUUUCCUGAGAAGUAUCCACACAACUUGGACUGCACCUUUACCAUCCUGGCCAAACCCAAGAUGGAGAUCAUCCUGCAGUUCCUGAUCUUUGACCUGGAGCAUGACCCUUUGCAGGUGGGAGAGGGGGACUGCAAGUACGACUGGCUGGACAUCUGGGAUGGCAUUCCACAUGUUGGCCCCCUGAUUGGCAAGUACUGUGGGACCAAAACACCCUCUGAACUUCGUUCAUCGACGGGGAUCCUCUCCCUGACCUUUCACACGGACAUGGCGGUGGCCAAGGAUGGCUUCUCUGCGCGUUACUACCUGGUCCACCAAGAGCCGCUAGAGAACUUUCAGUGCAAUGUUCCCCUGGGCAUGGAGUCUGGCCGGAUUGCUAAUGAACAGAUCAGUGCCUCCUCUACCUACUCUGAUGGGAGGUGGACCCCUCAACAAAGCCGGCUCCAUGGUGAUGACAAUGGCUGGACCCCCAACUUGGAUUCCAACAAGGAGUAUCUCCAGGUGGACCUGCGCUUUUUAACCAUGCUCACGUCCAUCGCAACACAGGGAGCGAUUUCCAGGGAAACACAGAAUGGCUACUAUGUCAAAUCCUACAAGCUGGAAGUCAGCACUAAUGGAGAGGACUGGAUGGUGUACCGGCAUGGCAAAAACCACAAGGUAUUUCAAGCCAACAACGAUGCAUCCGAGGUGGUUCUGAACAAGCUCCACGCUCCGCUGCUGACAAGGUUUGUUAGAAUCCGCCCUCAGACCUGGCACUCGGGUAUCGCCCUCCGGCUGGAGCUCUUCGGCUGCCGGGUCACAGAUGCUCCCUGCUCCAACAUGCUAGGGAUGCUCUCAGGCCUCAUUGCAGACUCCCAGAUCUCCGCCUCUUCCACCCAGGAAUACCUCUGGAGCCCCAGUGCAGCCCGCCUGGUCAGCAGCCGCUCGGGCUGGUUCCCUCGAAUCCCUCAGGCCCAGCCCGGUGAGGAGUGGCUUCAGGUAGAUCUGGGAACACCCAAGACAGUGAAAGGUGUCAUCAUCCAGGGAGCCCGCGGAGGAGACAGUAUCACUGCCGUGGAAGCCAGAGCGUUUGUGCGCAAGUUCAAAGUCUCCUACAGCCUAAAUGGCAAGGACUGGGAAUACAUUCAGGACCCCAGGACCCAGCAGCCAAAGCUGUUCGAAGGGAACAUGCACUAUGACACCCCUGACAUCCGAAGGUUCGACCCCAUUCCGGCGCAGUAUGUGCGGGUAUACCCGGAGAGGUGGUCGCCGGCGGGGAUUGGGAUGCGGCUGGAGGUGCUGGGCUGUGACUGGACAGACUCCAAGCCCACGGUAGAGACGCUGGGACCCACUGUGAAGAGCGAAGAGACAACCACCCCCUAUCCCACCGAUGAGGAGGCCACGGAGUGUGGGGAGAACUGCAGCUUUGAGGAUGACAAAGAUUUGCAGCUCCCUUCGGGAUUCAAUUGCAACUUUGAUUUCCCCGAGGAGCCCUGUGGUUGGAUGUAUGACCAUGCCAAGUGGCUCCGGACCACCUGGGCCAGCAGCUCCAGCCCGAAUGACCGGACAUUUCCAGAUGACAGGAAUUUCUUGCGGCUGCAGAGUGACAGCCGGAGAGAGGGCCAGUACGCCCGGCUCAUCAGCCCCCCUGUCCACCUGCCCCGAAGCCCGGUGUGCAUGGAGUUCCAGUACCAGGCCACGGGCAGCCGCGGAGUGGCGCUGCAGGUGGUGCGGGAAGCCAGCCAGGAGAGCAAGCUGCUGUGGGUCAUCCGCGAGGACCAAGGCGGCGAGUGGAAGCACGGGCGGAUCAUCCUGCCCAGCUACGACAUGGAGUACCAGAUUGUGUUCGAGGGAGUGAUAGGGAAAGGACGUUCGGGAGAGAUUGCCAUUGAUGACAUUCGGAUAAGCACUGAUGUCCCACUGGAGAACUGCAUGGAACCCAUCUCAGCUUUUGCAGGUGAGAAUUUUAAAGGGGGCACCCUCCUGCCAGGGACCGAGCCCACAGUGGACACGGUGCCCAUGCAGCCCAUCCCAGCCUACUGGUAUUACGUAAUGGCCGCCGGGGGCGCCGUGCUGGUGCUGGUCUCCGUCGCGCUGGCCCUGGUGCUCCACUACCACCGGUUCCGCUAUGCGGCCAAGAAGACCGAUCACUCCAUCACCUACAAAACCUCCCACUACACCAACGGGGCCCCUCUGGCGGUGGAGCCCACCCUAACCAUUAAGCUAGAGCAAGACCGUGGCUCACACUGCUGAGGGCCGAAGCAAGAACAGCACCCAAAACAAACGAGAAAGACUGCAAACACGUUGCCUCGAUUUUGCACUUUUUUUCUCCUCGCCUAGUUUCUGUGUGAACUCUCAGACAUCUCUCUCCCGGGUCCCCAACCCUGAGCACUCUUUAUCAAUCCCAACCAUCCUCCUUGGGUUCAUUUUGGUUUUUGAUUUUUCUUUUUCCUUUUUGUUGAUUCCAAACCAACAAACCCAACUCUAAUGCUGCAUCUUGGACUAUCCGAAGAGAUCCACCCCCAAGCACUCCACAACUCAAGGCUCAGCUGGUUUUGUUCCAGAGACUGGUUCGCUUGUUUUUUCCCCUUGCCUUAUGCCAUACCUCCUCUCAGUGGGCAGUCUGCCAGAAGAUGUGAGGGGAAGCCUGGAUCUGUGUGUAUGUACACAGUAGACAUGUGUGUGUGUGAAUAGCUCUCUGUGUGUGGGUGUGUGUGAGAGAGGCUGGUUCAUUGUGUGUUUGGGUGAGGGGUGAGUGUUCAUAGAGGGCCCCUUUAACUCUUGUGUUACUUCUCCUGGGGUACAUUUUACAAGAAAAUAAUAUACUGUACAAGUUUUGUUUACUUGGAGAAGAGAUUGAAGCUUUUUGUUGCCUUAUCUAGCUCUGGCUGGGUUUCUGUUGGCUGUCAUUGUCAUCUCCAGGUACCUAAAGAAAUAGAGGCCACAUGGGAUGCAGUGUGGCCUCUCCCAUCCCUAUCCCCAUCCCCAACCCACCUGACCCAAGAGAAGGUUCCCCUAGCACACUCAGACAAGACCCCCUUGUCUUCUGGUGUCUUUGAAAUGUCAAGAAAACAGCCAUUGGGUGUCUGCGGAACCACCUCUCCAGCCCUGAAGCAAAUCUGUCUCAUGUUGCCUUAUAAAAGAGAAGCUCAUAAUGAAUGUUUAGUUUUAUCAGUUACGUCCAAUCUUGGAAUAAGUCAUAGAGAAUAACAAGUCUGGGACUGAUGUAGGAAAAACAGUAGUCUGUUUAAGUAGAGAGGAGGAGGAGUUGGACAAGAGAAGGGAGGAGAGGGAAGAACUGAAAUGUCUCCUCACCCAGGGUGGUUAUUGGGCCCAACUUGGGAUUGGGUUGAGUAUGAAGGUUAAAAACCAUAUACUUUGGUAUUAUAUUGGUCAUUGUAAUAGCAGUUGUAAAAUAUGGGGGAAAAAGGGAUCAUUUGCUUUCCUUUCAUGGUGUUAAUGUGUGCCUGAAUCUAUAGCCGCUAAAAUGUAAGGCUGUCCACCUGACUUAUUUAAAUAUUAUCAGAGAAUAGAAAGUAAUCAUUUUUUAAGUGUACCAAUGUGCUGCCCCUUAAAACAUUCAUGGCAUCUGGCAAAUAGACCCUUGUAGGCUGGCCUGGCAUAUUCACAUGUUGCUGCAUCAUCACAGAGAAGGUCUAAUGAAGAUGAAACCAUUGCUGCUCAGGUGUCUUCUCUAAGCAACAAGGGGAGUGGGAUGUAAGAGAGAAGUUGCUAAUGAUACUGUACAAAGGACAGAUUAAAUAACGAAGUCAAUUUCAUUGAUAGAAAAUGCAAAUUUUAAGAUUCUCAGUGUACAAGGGCUCAGCCUCGGGAGCAUUUAUUUUUUACUUUCCUGCUAAAAAUGCACUGGGGAGGUAUAAAAUUCACUCCAAAGAAGUUUGCCUGGGCCAAAAGCCUCCAGGUUCCUUCUGAGAACAAAAUACUAAUGAUUUUUUUUUUUUUUUUUUUUUUUUUUGGCUGCUUGGGAGAGACUUUCAGCAUUCUUUCACGAUAUCCAGAUAUGUCCCUUCAGCACACACACUCAACUUUCUCAUCUGGUUCGUUUCAUCCUCCCGAAAGAACGAUGCUCUCCCACUCUUAUUCUAUUUCAAAGAGCUACUCUGUCUCAACCACAGCAGCCCUGCCAAAAAAAGACAAGAUGAAAGGCUAGAGCAUGUGCUACCUUGAGAUUUCAAGAAGUGUCCUACCUCAGCUGAAGAUGGAGAAAGAAACGGGGAGUGGAGAGGGGAUCAGCCCAGGGUACCAUGUGAUGACUAAUAUGCCACUCAUUAAGGGCUUUUAUCUCGGCUGCCCACAUCCAGUCAUGCAUUUGGGGCCAGGCAUGCCUGCAAAAUGAUUGACAUUCCUGUAGGCACCCCAUAGAAGUGUGGCGUCGAGAAAUUAUAUCUGGAAAAUACAGCCAGUGUAGUGACCAGCUGAGUUACCAUAUACCCUGAUGAUUCCCCUUCUGUAAUAGAAGAUGACAACAACUAUGUGAACUUUCUGUAUCCUUAUCUGAUGCCCCAAGUGGCAUCAUCUUUAUGUACAUGCCUUAGCUGAGAAUAUGAGACUGCUCUAAUCUUUGUGAAUCCCUUCACACUUCAGCUGAGGAUGUCACCUUCUCUGUCUCUCCCUACCCCGCAACCUCUGCCUUUGCUCUGUCUACCCCAGCAAUUUUCAUUGUGUUAUCCAACUAUGCUAAAAGGUCAGGUCUUCUGUAAAAUGCCAUGCUUCGCAGCUUUAAGAAGCAAAAUUCUGUAUUUCGUGGAGGGAGGGAAGGGUCACUCUCUUCUAAGAAAAAUAGACUGGACAGGCGAAUGCAUGCAUGCAUGUGUUUAGAGUUGCUUCUCAGAAGACAAAGAGAUGAUAGCAACUAUUAAAAUAUGAAUGAAUGAAUGAGUGAAUGAGUUGAAGGCCUAGCUCGGGCUGAUAAAGCUUUUGCCUUAGUAGAGGUUUUAUGUCAACACCUUCAGGAGGGAAGCCCUUAUUUCUGGGCUGAACUCCCCUUCCUUGAUAUCAUGCUAGCAAUUGCCAUCACUUAGUUCCUGGCGAAGGCAGAAAAAGAAAACAAAAAAUCAGGAUUGUCGUUGACAAAACUGGAUGUUGAAGAUAAAGUAAAAUUGUCUCUUCCCUUGUCCCACAUUUGUGAGAUUAAAGCCAGAAUUGAAUAGGAAAUACAGUACUAUUUCUGAAGUUGAUAGCCUAUCUUUAAGAAGACCCUGUCUUUAAAAUGAAACUAGCAGGCAAACACCUAAAUAAUCGAAAAUUACCAAAGAACAACAACGAAACAAGAAAACCUAAAGAUUUUUACUUCCUAUUCUUAUUCUCCUCUCCUUAUUACUGUGACACCCCUUGCGUUGCUCAGUUGCCUGUGUGUCAAAAUAACUUGUGGACGUUGGAAAUUAUUUGAAAAUGUAUUGUGUGGAAUGUAAUAAAAUGAUGAUAUUUUUAUACAAA